AUGUUGUAUGUCUACUUCUCUUUCUUGACAUUUGCUUCUGUCUUGUUUCUCUUGGACUCUAUGGUGACGCCGUUCUCACAGACCCAUAAGGGCUCUGUAGAAGUCCAGCUGAGCCCCUGCUGUCAGAAUCUUGAAACUGUCACGCUCACACCUCCCUCAGAGCUGACCAUGCCUCCUCCUGCCACACCCACCAGGCCCCCUUCAGAGCACUUUUGUCACCAUACCACUGAUCCCGUUCCUCACUCUGCCCCUUUACAAAUGAAACCUCCAUCAUGUUUGUCACAGCCCGAGGAGUCCGAUGAACAUAUUGCAAAGCUGUUAGAGACGGUCACAGUGGGUUUAAACAUCUUGCCCUCGGUCACAGUGGAGGGGAACAGCAGCAUGCAUGCGCAGCUGGAUCAAAAAUCGGAGAAGUGUGCAGCUGUAGCUAAUUCACCAGCUUCAUAUCUUUGUUUGCUUGGCCAUAAUCUAGGAGCUAUGGGAUCUGGAACAACAUCAGGCACUUCUGAACAAAGAGAAGCAGGGUCUGUGGACCUAUCUAAUUGCAAAAAAUGGGAUCUAGAGAAUGUUGCCUCAGUAGCAAGUUGCCCAACAUCAUUUUCCUAUACGUCUCCAUGUAUGACACAAAAGAAAAAUAUUGAUACAUCAUUUACAAAGCCAUGCCCCGAAACAAACAUUGUGCCAUCUAAACAUACUUUUGUUACCGAAGGUCUUGAGCAUCAAAAUGUAGUUGAGUUGAAGACCGUAUAUAAUCAUUUCAUUUUGGGGGCGGAUACUUCUGCACAGUCAGGGAAGCAGAUUGUGAGUGAUGCCAGUGAAGAUGCCUGUGAUCUACCAACUCAAAUCCCAAGAAGUAAUGCAGCACAAGAUGAUCCCACACCAGUAGGAAAACAGUGUCCGGACCAGCUUCAUGUAACAGAUAAGGUGUCAGUCUGGCAAUCAUUAGAUGUUGGUCAAGCCCCCAAUUCUGAUAAUUGGGCUGAUUUCAGUGAGAUGAGGCUCCCAAGAUGUCUUUCACCUCUUAUGUCAGACGCAGGCGAAACAACUGGUAUUUCUCCACAAGAUCCUUUAAGACCACUGGAAUUUUCUUCAUGCCUUUCUGCAUCACAUGUCAACCUCCAGCCCGCAUUGAGAUACAUGUCGUCUCCAAUUCAACCACAAGCACUUCCUGGCAAAACUAACCAACAGAAUCCAUCAUGUACUUCUCUACAUGUAAAUGAGAUACAUUGUUCAGUGGUAGGGAAGAACUCAUGCCCUUUAAGAUCAAAUAGAGAUCACAAUGGAGAGGCCAGUGAGUGUAAAUCAAAUGAGAAAAAGACAAAAAUGCCAGAUUUUGAGAACAAACUGCUUAAGGGGACAGAAGACAGCAUACUGAACAGAAAGAUGAAUGACUCAGUAGUCAGAGGAAUAUCUACAGCAAGGAACAGUGUUGAAGCUGUUAAUGAGCCUUGCAGAAAAAAAGCAAAGAUGGCUGGUUACCCAAAUGGAGUUGAUACACAAACAGUGAAUCCCUACAUUGUGAAGAUAAAGAAUAUAAGACCUGUUGAUAACAUGCAAGACAUUCGCAGCCCUGUAACCGCUGAGAAAAUGGAUUGCCUGAAGGCUGCCAAGACAGGGAAACCAGUGUCAGAAGAUCUGAAAUCUCCAGAGAACCUGGCACUCUGCCAGAUAGGUCAGCCUUUCAAGUGUAAAGGUCAAGGGACAUGCCAAAAAGAUGCUUGGGAUACAAAACAAUCUGCCUCUUUGGUGGCAAAACAUGGAUGUGGGAGGCCCCUUCAAAAAAGAACAUGCGCUAAAGCCCUAAUGGGAAACUUAAGCAAAAUAAGUAAACUUAACAGUUCAUCUGCAGUCCUUAAUGAUUCACCGUCUUCCAGCCAUCAUGACUUACAGUUAACACAAAUGAGCAAGGAGCGUGUACCAAAACAUGAGAGUGGGAGGGCCACUAAAGUACAGCAACGUCCUUUAAAGGAUUUAAUCAAUGAAUGUGAAAAGAGUAAAGUACCAGUAACAGAACUGGAAAAUCCCUUCGUAGAGCCUAAAAAAGUCUUUUCAGAUGUGAACCUGAACAGAGAAGAAAACAACCAGCCCAAAAGGUAUGCUAGCCUCGCUAUGAAAACAAGUUUUUGUGAUAAGAUUUUCCAUCAGAGUGUUUUCAGUCUAGACACCACUGCACAGAGAACCUCCCGAGCCUGA